AUGCUGCCCGGGGCCUGGCUGCGCUGGGCCGGCCUCCUGCUGCUGGCCAGGCCUGCCCGGCCCUGCCCUGCGGGCUGUGACUGCUUCACCCAGGAGGUGUUCUGCUCCGAUGAGGGGCUGGCCGCCAUCCCGCCGGACAUCCCGCCCCACGCCACAGACAUCAUCUUCGUAGAGACCUCGCUCACCACGGUGGGAGCCAGGGCCUUCAGCGGCAGCCCCAACCUCACCAAGGUGGUCUUCCUCAACACCCAGCUCCACCACCUAGAGCCCGACGCCUUCGGGGGGCUGCCCAGGCUGGAGGACCUGGAGAUCACUGGCGGCACCUUUUCCAACCUCAGCACCGACACCUUCUCCAACCUGAGCUCGCUGGGCAAGCUCACCCUCAACUUCAACAUGCUGGAGACUCUGCCUGAGGGCCUCUUCCACCAGAUGGACGUCCUGGAGUCUCUCCAGCUGCAGGGCAACCGGCUCCAGAGCCUGUCUGGGAGGCUCUUCCGGCCUCUGGGAGCUCUGAAGACCCUCAACCUUGCUCAGAACCUGCUUGCCCAGUUGCGGGGGGAGCUGUUCGACCCCCUGGGCAGCCUGCAGACCCUGAGGCUGAGCAACAACGCGCUCUCCAGCCUGCCCCAGGGCGUGUUCGGCAAACUGGGCAGCCUGCGGGAGCUCUUCCUGGACAGCAACCUGAUCUCAGAGCUGCCCCCCGGAGUGUUCUCAGGGCUCUUCCAGCUGGAGGAGCUGUGGCUGCAGCACAAUGCCAUCCGCCAUCUGCCCGUCUCCGUCUUCUCCUCCCUGGGCAACCUGACCUUCCUGAACCUGCAGGGGAACGCGCUGCAGGGGCUGCCCGCCGGCCUCUUUGCCCCUACCCCAGGCCUGGUGGGCCUGUCUCUGUCCUACAACCAGCUGGUGGCUGUCAGCGAGGGCGCCUUUGCCAACCUGUCCAGCCUCAGUUCCCUGACGCUCUCGCACAACGCCCUCACCCAUCUCCCGGCCGGCGUCUUCAGAGACCUGGAGGGGCUGGUCAAGCUCUACCUGGGCAGCAAUAACCUGACGGCCCUGCACCCAGCCCUCUUCCAGAACCUGUCCAGGCUGGAGCUGCUCAGCCUCUCCCAGAACCUCCUCACCACGCUCCCCGAGGGCAUCUUCGACACCAACUACAACCUGUUCAACCUGGCCCUGCACGGCAACCCCUGGCAGUGUGACUGCCACCUGGCCUACCUGUUCAGCUGGCUGAGACAGUACAGCGACCGGCUCUUCAACAUCCACACCUACUGCGCCGGCCCCGCCUACCUGAAGGGCCAGCUGCUGCCCGCCUUGCAGGAGGAGCAGCUGGUGUGUCCCGUCACCCGCGACCGCCUGGCCUUCCAGGCCCCGGGGCUGGAGGACAGGGAGCCCGGGGGCAGCUGGGAUCUGGCCGCGCAGGAGAGGGCCGUCUGGAGUCAGUGCACCUACAGCAACCCCGAGGGGACCGUGGUGCUCGCCUGUGACCAGGCCCGGUGUCGCUGGCUGAACAUCCAGCUGUCUCCCCGGUCGGGCUCGGGCCCCCCGGGACUGAUGUACAACGCCAGCCAGCACUGGGACUUGAAGUCCCGCUGUGGCUCCGUGAGGCUCACCGUGGCUAUCGAGGCUUGGCCAGGGGGGCAGUAG